AAAAGGAAGAACAUUUUGUUGAAAUCGUGAAAAACGCUGCCAAAUCCGAUGCCGUUUACAGGACGUCUGCCAGGGGGUGCCGGGGUGCCGAUGGGGAUGUCCUGGACCAACAGUCCGAUAUACCAUGCGUAUCGAAGUUAUAGACAUCGAUGGAAAGAACAAGUAAUCAACAUUGCCGCCUUGGGGGAUUUGUGUACUGGCUCGACGACAAGACCGGAGUGGAACGGAUCACUCACGGUCAACGAAGAGCGUCGUUCCGCGGAGCUGCAGCGUAUGCCGCAGAUCACCGAUAUCAGUGCCUUGUGGACACCGGAUGCGAAAGUGCUGUGCAAUCACACGUGUCUGCACAGCCGCACAAAGUCUUUCCACAUCGGCAUAGCCAGCGGAGGGUGUGGCACGCAGCACGCGCGACGUCUGCUCUCGCGGCGAGUAUACGGCCUGUGGGCCAGAUCAUUUCACGUGCGCGGCCCCAGUGGCGGGGAAUAGUGACAUGAACAAGGACUGCGUGCCCGCCUACUGGCGCUGUGACGGCGAAAAGGACUGCCCGGACAAGUCGGAUGAAGUGGCAUGUCCCACAUGCUGGCAUGGUCUUAUUCUCUUCUCAAGGGAAGACACUUUUUUUAGGUUUUGUUUUAAUUUAAGGAAACGGUCAACAAAUGUACAUAUUUCGCUGUUGCCGAAUAUAAGAAAUUUGCAGAAAGCUUUCCGCAGAUCCUCGGACCGCUCCUAGCUAUGUGUCCAUGAUGUAGCGC